AUGGGGCUCCAAUCCAACUCACGGCGUCUGGCAAAUGCCCUUACGACUAAGCGGUGGGAAUCCAUUGCCAUUGCGUGCGGUAGCCUCUGCAUCAUAUUCUUCGUGAUUGCAUUGGCAGGAUCUGGCAAUAUUCCCCCUACUGCACCGUGGUGGGAUGCUAGGCGUGUUGAGACCCAUUACAGGCAUCAUAUAAAGGGUGCACAGGCCGGUAGUAUCUUCAUCAUGGUUGCCGGGGCUUUAUACCUCGUCUAUGCGGCAGCUCUGACCCGUCAGAUUCGUAAAAUCCCCGAAAUCGACCCUAUACUGUCCGACCUUCAACUUGCGAGCGCCGCAGCAUCAUUUAGUGCCUUUAUGCUGGCUGCCAUCGCCAUGGGCCUAUUGAACUUCCGCGAUUACGGACCAGAGCUGACACAGCUCCUGAAUGAUAUUCUGUACAUGGCCAUGUUUCUAGUGUGGCCAAUCUUCUUAGUGCAGGGCUGGACGGUUGCAUGGGCGAUCUUCAGCGAUAAGAGACCUAACCCUAUACUUCCAAGAAGCAUGGGCUUAAUCAAUAUCGUUGCUCCAAUUGUUUAUUCCCUCGCCAGCGGGAUCCACAUGCAUCACACAGGCCCUAUGGCAUGGAACGGUGGCAUUGCCUUCUGGCCAGGCGUGGUUUUCUUCGGAUUACAAGUCAAUGUCGAUCUUUGGUAUAUGUGGAAGAAUAUUCAAGAUGAUCGGCUUCUUUCCUAG